AUGGGUGGGAUGUUGGUGGUGUAUGGUUUUGGGUUUGGGGGUAUUUUGUUUGGGGUAUGUAUAGGGAGGUUGUUGUGUGUUGGGGUUGAUGUGUGGGGUGGUAUGGGUUGGAGUGUGGGGUGUUGUGGGUUGGUUUGUUUUUGGGGGUGGGGUUAUAUGGGGGAUGGGGUGGGUAUGUGGUGGGGUGGUUUGGGGGGGUGUGUUGUGUGUGGGGUUAUUGUGGGGGGGUUGGGGUUUGGUGUGGGAUUGUUUGUGUGGGGUGGGGGGUUUGGUUAUUUUUGGGUGUGUAGUGGGGUGGUAGUGAUUUUUAGUGGGGGUGGGGGUUGUUUGGGGGUGGGUUGUGUGGUGUUGUGGUGGUGGAGGAGGGUUUAUGUGGUGGUGUGUGGUUGUGAUUGA